AUGGCUCGUGCAUCAUUCAUCACAUCACUCAAUAUAAUCUCGAACGCUCUGUUUUCCACAGACCUCGCAAGCUUUGAUGACUCUGAAACAACUCACGAGUUACACGACGUGGUGCUUCGGAUGAUGGAGAUCACCGGAAAACCCAACGUAGCUGAUUUUUUCCCAUUUCUUGGGUUUCUUGAUCUGCAAGGUACUAGAAAAGAAGCGAGGUUAAGGAUGGACAGAUUGUUUAAGGUUUUUCAAGGAUUCAUCGAUACAAAGAGAUCAUCAAAUGCUUCGAGAAAUAGCAACGAUAUGCUAGAUUCUCUUUUGAAUAUUGCUCAAGAAGACAAAUCAGAACUCGAUGAUAAUGAUAUCAGGCAUUUGCUUCUCGUAAGACUUAUUUCUGGCGGGAAUAUAGACACGACUUCGAUUGCAGUAGAAUGGGCAAUGGCAGAGUUACUUCGAAACCCUAAGAUGAAACUUAAAGCUCAAGAAGAGAUAAGAAGAGUGAUAGGGCAAAAGAAAGCCGUUGAAGAAUCGGAUACCUUCAAGUUACCUUAUUUGCAAGCAGUAGUGAAAGAAACUCUUAGUUUGCAUCCAUCUGCUCCUUUGCUCAUCCCUCGAAAAUCCGAAUCUGAUGAUGUCCGAAUUUUCGACUUCCUCAUUCCUAAGAAGACUCGUCACAUUUAUGUUUUCGGAUUCAUAACAAUAAAGGAUCGGCAUACGAAUCAAAACUAA